AUUUGAGGUUAUGUUUUUCAGCAUGGAAAUUAAUUCACUUUUCUUUUGGCUAGCGCAACGUGCAUUUGAUCAAAAUUCUUUCUCCUGGUAAAUUUGGAGUUUUAGCGGGAUUGUAUUAAUUUAUUAAUAUCAAAUAAAAAUGGGUACUUCAGAUGAGGACGAAAAUUCUUCGAAUGCGAGUGAUGAUGAGCAAGAAAUAGUUGAGGAGGAGGUCGAGGAAGAAUCGACUGGUGAUGAAGCAAUAGACCAAAAUGAUGGAAUCGAGGAGGAAGCUGAUAGCGCAGAAGGAGGCGCGGCAGCUGAGAAUGUGGAAACCAAUGUCACAUUUAAAGAACUUGGCUUAACAGAUGUACUGUGCCAAGCAUGUGAGGAAUUGAAAUGGAAGGCGCCAUCGAAGAUACAGAAAGAAGCGAUACCAGUAGCCUUAAAAGGGAAGGAUGUUAUCGGCUUGGCCGAAACUGGUUCUGGCAAAACUGGUGCUUUUGCUUUACCAAUAUUGCAGGCGCUGCUGGACAAUCCGCAAAGAUAUUUUGCGCUCAUACUUACGCCCACACGUGAAUUGGCUUUUCAGAUAUCGGAACAGUUUGAAGCUCUAGGAAGUUCCAUCGGUGUCAAAUGUUGCGUUGUGGUUGGAGGCAUGGACAUGGUCUCCCAAGCUCUGCAAUUAGCGAAGAAACCGCAUAUAAUUAUAGCCACACCUGGGCGUUUGUUAGAUCAUUUAGAAAAUAUGAAGGGCUUUAAUCUCAAGGCUAUCAAGUAUUUGGUGAUGGAUGAGGCCGAUCGUAUAUUGAAUAUGGACUUUGAAGUGGAACUUGACAAAAUAUUGAAAGCUUUGCCUCGUGAGCGUCGCACAUUUUUAUUUAGUGCAACUAUGACGAAAAAAGUAAAGAAAUUACAACGUGCUUCCUUAAAAGAUCCAGUGAAAGUGGAGGUUUCUAACAAAUAUCAAACAGUAGAGCAACUACAACAGUACUACAUAUUUAUACCGGUGAAAUACAAGGAUGUUUAUUUGGUACACAUAAUUAAUGAGUUGGCCGGCAAUAGUUUUAUGAUAUUCUGCAGCACUUGUGCAAAUACUGUCCGAACAGCCUUAAUGCUGCGUGCGUUAGGUCUGGCUGCCAUACCAUUACACGGUCAAAUGUCACAGAAUAGACGUUUAGCUGCGUUAAACAAGUUCAAAGCGAAAAAUCGUUCCAUUCUAAUUUCCACAGAUGUCGCAUCGCGUGGUCUUGAUAUUCCGCAUGUGGAUGUGGUUUUUAACUUUGACAUACCCACACAUAGUAAAGACUACAUACAUCGUGUUGGCCGGACAGCACGUGCGGGUCGCUCAGGAAAAGCUGUGACUUUCGUUACACAAUACGAUGUUGAAUUAUAUCAACGAAUUGAACAUCUACUUGGCAAAAAGUUGCCAUUAUAUCCUUGCGAAGAGGAUGAAGUCAUGGCACUGCAGGAGAGAGUGAGUGAAGCGCAGCGAACAGCGAAAUUGGAAGUGAAGGAUCUGGAGGAAAGUAAGGGCAGUAAGAAAGGAAAAUUUAAGAAAGAUGCUCAUGAUUUCGACGAUUCCGAACAAUUCACCGGCGCACGGAAGCGUAUGAAGCCGCAGGGUGGCGGUGGAGGUAAGAAAAACUGGAAGAAGGCGAAGAGGAAAUGAAAUGAUGGCCAAAUGCUAAUAUUUAGUAUUGUAUGCUAUUUAGUAUAGAUAUUUGUACAAUUAGUUUAAUAUAAAAAAUGGAUCUAAAAUUA